AUGGCGGUGCUGUCCAGCGUCCGGCACCCCAACAUCGUCCAGGCCUACGCGUGUAUGCCCGAUGUUGCCCUGGAGACAGAAGCCUCGGCUGUGAUCACAGGCGAGACGAACGGGACCCAGGUGCUGCGAUUCCGCAACCUGCUGCCCAAUGAAGUGUGCCUGGAUGCCACUGCCUGUGACAUCAUGGUCAUGGAGCUGUGCGACCGCGGCACCCUCAAAGACGCCCUCGCGCAGGGCGCACUGCCCGCCGCCGCUGCAGCCUUAAGCACGGCUUCCAGCGGGGGAAUCACGUUGCUGGAGGCGGUGCUGGGCCUUUUGAUUGAGAUGGCGGCCACACUCCACUAUCUGCAUCAAACGCAGGUGGUUCACGGCGGCGUCAAGGCAAGUGCCCUGCUGCGCGCCAUCGAGCACGGCGUUGCUGAGAACAUUCUGCUCAAGUCGGAUCUGGUAUGCCCUCUGGGCUUCAAGGUCAAGCUGGCGGGCUUUGGAAGCGCGAAGAUCCUCGGCCAAGGCAGGGGCGACAUCGGCCUGCAGCGCAUCUCCUGCUACGACGCCGACAUCGCUCGCGCAGAUGACGUGUCGGCUUUUGGUGUGUGA